UUUCAAUAAAUUAAAUUGACAAUAACGGUUGCUAUUAGUGAUUCUGGCCAGAAAGUUUUGAAAAUCUACAAAAAAAUCCUGACCAGAAUGGUUUCAUCCAAAAUAGACUUUUUCCGUAAAUCAUUCGAUUAGUCAUCAUCAUGCCUCGUUCACGUGGAAAAUCAAUGACAACAUCAAAUUCAGCAUCAAAUUUAUCAUCAAUUCAUCCAUGGUAUUAUGUUACUGGUGAUAAAUAUUCAACGGAAAAACGUUUAGCAAACAAACAUGAAUUUGAUUCAAAUCGUUGUAAACAAAAUGAACAAAUUGAUAGAUAUUAUCGAAGAUGGAAUCGUGAAACAAAAUUAAUGGAUAAUUGGGAUCAGAAUAAAAGUAUGGUUCGGCAUCAUCGAUCAAUGGAAAAUCUAAAUGUCGAUCCACCACCAUUCUAUAUUGAAGAUGAUAUUCAAAUUGAAAUGAAUCAAAAACGAUAUGAAAAUUAUAUGCAAAAAAUGACGGAAAUUUUUCGUCAAUAUCAUCAGGUGGCUAAAGAUUAUCGAAAUAAUUUUAUCGAUACUAAUAUGAUUGUUGAUUAUCUUCUACGACAAGCUGAAUUGGAUGAAAAAAUUGAAGAAAAACGAAAUGAAUUUUUUUCCCAAUGGAAUCGUCAUGUUAAUCGUUGUUUUAGUAGUAAAUCGACUACAUUAACAACAAAUUAUAAUUAUCAAUCCGAUCCAUUAAGACAGAUUUGUUUUGCCAUCCGUAAAUUACUUCGUUUUUAUAAAUCGAUUAUUGAUGAUAAUCAAAAUCGUUUGAACAUAAUGAUUAUCGAUGAAAAACUAUUUACAAUUGUUGAACGUAAUGAAUUGGUUCAAUUGAAUGAUCGUUGUUUACAAAUUAUCGAUAUAUAUUUGAAUCUAAAUGAAUCACGUGAUAAUCAUUUUCAAACAAUGUUCUAUGAAGAACGUGAAAAACAAUGGCCAGAACAAUGCAGACGUUGGUCUGAUGAAAUUGCUGUUUGGGAUAAUUUAUUUAUAAAAUUAUUUGAUUCAAAUUAUCAAUUAUUAUAUAAUCGUUUGGAUAAAUUUCUUGAAAAACAACGUUGUUUACUUCAAGAACGUUUAAGCCGAUUGCAACAAUUACAAAAUCUAAUUCAUAAUUUAGAAAAUGAUAAACGAUUACAAUCAAUUGUUUAUAUCGAUAUUGAUAAAUUUUUAUGACAAACACAAUCGAUUAAUUGAU